AGGCUGGGGCGUCUUCGCGCCUGCGCGGCUGCGCUGUCAGGCGGCUGAAAACGGGGGGCUUGGGGGGAGGGGGGCGGAGGUCGUGCCGAAUCUUCCUCCGUAAUAAGAAGCGACGUGUACCGCUGUCCUGGCUCCGUGGGUCCAGUGAGAUUCCGCCUGGGCGCUGGAGCUGCUGUGGCUCCCGCCGCGGCGGGUGCCAUGGAGGCCGUGCCAGAGCCCAGAACUCAAGCCGGGGGAGGCCGAGACAGCCGGCGGUACUCAUAGAUGAGGCGGCGGCGGCGGCGGCGGCAGCCCGGGCUCUCCAUGAGCAGGCGGCGGCGGCGACGGGUGCGGCGGCACCGGCGGUUUUCGGUCCCCGGGGAGGAUGAAGACACUGUUUGAAGAGAUCAAAGCAUCAAUUAAAAAUAACUAUAACCAAGAUCGAUCAUUUUGGAGGCCUGUUCUUCCUUGGGGGGGUGUUUUUACUAUCAAAGCUGGCCGCAAAGCAGUAUCCUGUACACCACUCUAUGUUGAAAUAAGACUGAAAAAUACCUGCACCAUAGAUGGAUUCUUGAUGUUAUUAUAUGUCAUUCUUAAUGAAAAUGAAAAUUUCCCUAGGGAACUCUCUCUUCAUUUUGGCAGAGAGUUUGUAGACUGUUUUCUUUAUUUAAUGGACACCUACAGUUUUACAACUGUGAAGCUACUUUGGAUUUGGGACAAGAUGGAAAAACAGCAAUACAAAUCUGAAGUCCAUAAAGCUUCAUUAAUAAUUGAUUUGUUUGGGAAUGAGCAUGAUAAUUUUACAAAAAAUCUUGAAAAUCUCAUGUCUACCAUUCAAGAGAGUUACUGUUCCAACUGGCGAUGCCCAACUCGAGUGCAGGAGGAUCAACAGCGCACAAUUAAUAUAAAUCCUCCCCAAGAAAUUCCACAUGGAAACUUGAUAAGACUGGCUGUGAAUGAGUUAUUCUGUUCCAAGAUUGAACUGUGUGAAGAGCAUGGGUGUGGUGGCUUAAGAGAAUUUUCCCAACGAGUUUUCUGCCAUGGGGCACCCCCUUUUGUUGUCUUAAAUAUGCAACAUUGGAAAUCUGAAGAUCUGGCAUAUGUACCCUAUUACUUGGAUUUGUCUGAUCACAAGUAUUUGUUGGAAGGUGCCACAUUAUUUAACAAAGAGGAACAUCAUUAUUCUGCAGCUUUCCAGAUUGGUGGACAUUGGAUGCACUAUGAUGGGCUCAGAAAUGUGAAUUUAAUUUUGUUAAAUAAACCCCCAGAGUUUCUCCUCUUGUCAUCAUUGGUUUAUAUUCGAGCAACAGAGAAAUAAAUAUAGACUGAUGCUAAAAGUUGUUUUCCCUCCUACCCAUGCUCCCCCAGAUGAAGGGCUUUUAUUUUGUGUAUACUUGGUAUCCAAGAAAAUAGUUCAACUAUACUAGUUUCAGAAGUGUAUUUUCAGUGUUUAACCCCAGGUAAAUGUUUUAUAUAGAGGAUCUAUGCAAAAAUGUUUGUAAUUUUUUUUAUAUUUCCUGAGUUAUUUUUAUAUGAGCAUAUUUUAUGUUGGAAUAAAACAUAUCUUGUGGCCUUUGUAUUUUUUAUUUAUAUGUACCUCAAAGAUUUUUACAAUUCUGUCUUUGAAUUCAAGAAAUACUUUGUCAUCUGAAUUCUAAGUUUUUCUUUUUGGAUAUUCGAGUAAAACCUAGGUAAAAGUAUUUUAGUUUAUAUAAUUUAAAAAUUCAAAAUAUAUCUGUUAUUUCUUUGCCCUACCUCACUAUAAUCCAAAGUGCACUAUUUGAUCUAGUAUGGAUUUGAAUGUACAAUUUAUCGAUGGCUUAGUUUAUUAGUUCGAUUUGCCCAGUAUCCCUGCAGCAAUUUUUAAAAAUGUCUGAGAAAUUUUUCAGAGCUUAAACUAUUUCUUUAUAAUGGCAAAUUACUUUUAACUACUUCCUAAAGUAUUAUAAACCUGCCAGUGGAUUUUAAGUGAUAGCUGAGCUUCCAAGCUUAAUUCAGGUUAUUACAAAUAAAUUAUAUAACUAUCUUAAAUGUUUACCUUAUAAUUAAAUGUAAUUUGAAAUGCUCUAAUGUAUUUUGCAGAUAAAACAACUAUAAACAAUAUUAGGCAACUGGAUAUUUACUAGUGUCGGACUAGCAAUAGAAAUGCACUUUAAAUAUAUAUUUAAGGGGAAAUGCGUGCCUGGAAAUACUUCUUUUCCUAGUGAAGUUUUAUAUUGACACAGAGAAAA